AUGUCGUGCGUCCAUUAUAAGUUCUCCUCCCAGCUGAACUAUGCCACGGUCACCUUCAACGGCCUCCACAUCUCCCUGUGCGACCUCAAGCGCCAGAUCAUGGGCCGCGAGAAGCUGAAGGCGGCCAACUGCGACCUGCAGAUCACCAACGCCCAGAGCAAAGAAGAAUACACCGAUGAUCGGGCCCUGAUUCCUAAGAAUUCCUCAGUAAUUGUUAGAAGAAUCCCUGCGGGAGGAGUUAAAGCUACCAGCAAAACCUGUGUUCUAAGUCGAACUGCGCCAGUGAGCGGAACACCAAAAGCAAUUGAUGACCCUUCUGCACCUCUUUCGCUGGCCCAGCUUAUUAAGACCGCCGAUCUGGCUGAAGCCAAUGCUUCUGAAGAAGAGAAAAUAAAAGCUAUGAUGAUGCAGUCUUGCUGUGCGUAUGAUCCAAUCAAUUACAUGAAGAAACCCUUGGCUCCACCUCCACCAUCAUAUACUUGCUUUCGUUGUGGAAAACCGGGCCACUAUAGGAAGAACUGCCCAACAACUGGGGACAAAAAAUUUGAGUCUGUUCCCAGAAUUAAAAUGAGCACCGGAAUUCCAAGGAGUUUCAUGAUGGAGGUGGAAGAUCCCAGUAUAAAGGGUGCUAUGCUGACAAGCAGGGGAAAAUAUGCAAUCCCAACGAUUAAUGCGGAAGCUUAUGCUAGAGGAAAGAAGGAAAAGCCUCCCUUUCUACCAGAGGAGCCCUCCUCCUCCUCCUCUUUCUCCUCCUCCGCCCUCUCAGAUGAUCCUCUUCCAGAGGAGCUGUCAUGUGUCAUUUGUAAAGAUAUCAUGACUGAUGCCGCUGUUAUUCCCUGCUGCGGAAACAGUUUUUGUGACGAAUGUAUUAGAACAGUGUUACUGGACUCUGAGGAACAUACAUGCCCAACGUGUCAUCAGACAGAUGUUUCUCCUGAUUCUUUAAUUGCCAACCAGUUCCUACGCAAGGCUGUGAACAACUUCAAAAAUGGAACUGGCUACACAAAAAGGCUCCGUCAGCAGAUUCAACAGCCACAGCAGCCGCCACUGCCGCCACCUCCACCACCGCUCAUGACUGUUAUAUCUCCUGCUGCUCUGAUGGUAAACAUCUAA